AUGGUUCGGUGCUGGACGUCCCGUGUUGGAAUCCUUCUUCUGCUCGCGCUCAGUCUGUCAGCAGUGGGAGGAUUUACGCACCUGAGCUUUAAUGUGUGUCGCUGGUGUGAGGUGUCCAGUCCUGUCUGCAGGGACCAUGUGUGUACCAGCAACUGCAGCCUGUCCUCCUUCUGCUCCAGCACCGAGGAGGUCUGCAUCGCCAUAUGGAGGAAGUUCAACGAGAGCAUGACGGUGCAGACCAUGUGUCACCACCCCGCUCUGCCUCUAGAGGGCGUGGACCAGGCUGUGCUGCUGAACGUGAGCUCCAGAGAGUGUCACAUGGUCCCACAACCAACACCAGAGGGCGCUGUGAUGGUGUGCGGCUGCAGAGGGGAGCACGAAUGCAACGACCGCCUCCUCUUCGACAAGGGUGCACAUGGUUUCUCUAAGCUGCAGAGUAAAGAGGUGAUCCCGGUGGUCUUGGUCAGCCUGGUCCCUCCUCUGCUGGUGGCUCUGGUGGCUUCUAUCGCCUUCUACUUCUACCGCACUCGUCACUACGGGAAACCCGGCCCCCCAGCACGUCCUGAGUGGCCUGGGAAACCCUCCCAGGAGCUGUACCAGGCCCUGGACCCACAGGCCCAAUGCAGAGACAGCGUCACGGCGUCGUUCCAACACAUUGACGGCUCCAACGCUAAAACACCAGGUUUCCACACUGGCGACUUGAUGGCGUGGCCAGGAACACUCACCACACCGCUGCCGAUUAAACUGGAGACUUUGGUGGGGAAGGGGCGCUUCGCAGAGGUCUGGAAAGGUCGAUUGGUUCAAAGUGACGGAGUGACUUCUCAGGAGACGGUGGCGGUGAAGGUGUUCCCCGCCGUGGAGUACGCUUCCUGGAGGAACGAGAGUUCGAUUUACUCCGAUCCAAAGCUUCAGCACGAGAAUAUAGUGACUUUCCUGGCUGCGGAGGAGAGAGGCGGCCCUGGACACACCAACAGGAAGUACUGGCUGGUUCUGGCCUAUCACAGUCUGGGAAACCUGCAGGAGUUUCUGACAGAGAGUACGCUGAGCUGGGAGGAGCUGGUGGCACUGGCCGACUGUGUGGCCAAAGGACUGGCUCAUCUGCACAGUGAUGUCACACCCACAGGAGUCCCCAAGGUGCCCAUCGCCCACAGAGACCUAAAGAGCAGUAACAUUGUGGUGAGGAGCAGACAGGACUGUGCUCUGUGUGACUUUGGGUUAGCUCUGAGGCUGGACAUGUCUCUCACUGUGGAUGACUAUGCAAACAGUGGACAGGUGGGCACAGCGCGGUACAUGGCUCCUGAGGUCCUGGAGUCCAGAGUGAACCUGGAGGACCUGGAGGCCUUCAAACAGAUCGACGUUUACUCCAUGGCUCUGGUUCUGUGGGAGAUGAGCUCACGCUGUCGGGCCAUCGGAGAAGUGAAGAGCUACGAACCGGCCUUCGGGUCCCAGGUGUGUGACCAGCCGUGUGUGGACAGCAUGAGGGACCUGGUCCUCAGGGACAGAGGCCGACCGGACAUCCCCCCAGCCUGGACCCAGCACCAGGGAAUGAAUGUGUUCUGCGCCACCAUCGCUGAGUGCUGGGAUCACGACCCUGAAGCUCGGCUCACGGCUCACUGCGUUGUGGAACGAUUCAACACCAUUCGACACGAGGAGGAGAGCGAGAGGGUGGACCAGGACCAGGACCCGGACCUGGAUCAGGACAUGGACUCGGACCAGCAGCAGGUCCCAGAGGGAUCCGCACUUCCCACUGAGCCAGAGCAUGUCCAGGAAACCUCCACAGAUUCGGACCCUCGACCCCCCAGAGCAGAGGGACAGACUGAUCCACAGCUGCCUCUGCUUGUUGCUUCUGUUGUGUAA